AUGGCGGCGAGGAAUGGCUUUCUCGCCCUCCUGCUCCUGUCCUUGCUGAGCUCGCCCCUCCUGUCGCGCGCCCAGGAAUCGUCGUCGUCCUUCCCCGUCAAUGUCUGGCCCAAGCCGACGUCCAUGUCGUGGGCAGAGCCUCUCAUGGCCAUGCCGGUGUCGUCGUCGUUCCGCAUCGUCGGGCCGUCCGGGAACAACCCGUACCUCGUCCUGGCCACGCAGCGCUACACCGCGAUGCUCUUCACCGAGCGGUACCGGCCCAUCGUCCGGCCGGCGGUGAAUGUCACCGCCACGGGGGACUCGCUCCAGAGUCUGACCCUGUUCGUGUCCGACCUGUCCGCCUCGCUCCAGGACGGCGUGGACGAGUCCUACGUGCUGGAGAUCCUCCCCACGGGCGCGGCCACCGUCACGGCGGCCACGGCGUGGGGCGCCAUGCACGGGCUAGAGACCUUCUCACAGCUGUCGUGGAGGAGUGCCAGCGGGAAGCUGCUGGUGGCCGCCGGCGUGCGGGUGGAGGACCGGCCUCUGUACCAGCACCGUGGCCUGAUGCUCGACACCGGGAGGACCUACUUCCCCGUCCUGGACAUCCUCCGGACGAUCGACGCCAUGGCGUGGAACAAGAUGAACGUGUUCCACUGGCACAUCACCGACUCGCAGUCGUUCCCCAUCGAGCUUCCCUCCGAGCCGCGGCUUGCGGAGAUGGGAGCGUACGGCGAGGACAUGAGGUACACCGUCGAGGACGUGACGCGCAUCGUGGAGUUCGCCAUGAGCCGCGGCGUCCGCGUGGUGCCGGAGAUAGACGGGCCGGGUCACACGGCGUCGUGGGCCGGCGCUUACCCGGAGGCGGUGUCAUGCGCGGGCAAGUUCUGGCUGCCCGACGCAAACGACUGGGGCACCAGGCUCGCGGCCGAGCCAGGGUCCGGCCAGCUGAACCCGCUCAAGUCGAAGACGUACGAGGUGGUGGCCAACGUGAUCAACGACAUCACCUCCCUCUUCCCGGACGGCUUCUACCACGCCGGCGCCGACGAGGUCACCCCGGGCUGCUGGCAGACGGACCCCUCCAUCCAGGCCGACAUCGACAACGGCGGCACCCUCAGCCAGCUCCUGGAGCGCUACGUCCGCGCGGUCCACCCGCACGUGGUGUCCAAGAACCGCACCGUCGUGUUCUGGGAGGACGUGCUGCUGGACGCCGCCGUCAACGUGAGCGCGUCGCUCAUCCCGCCGGCCACCACCAUCCUGCAGACCUGGAACAACGGGUCCAACAACACCAAGCUCAUCGUGCAGGCCGGGUACCGCGCCAUCGUCUCCUCCGCCACCUUCUACUACCUCGACUGCGGCCACGGCGACUUCGUCGGGAACAACAGUGUCUACGACGACCAGCGCAGCGACUACGACACCCAGGGAGGGUCUUGGUGCGGGCCCUUCAAGACCUGGCAGCGGGUCUACGACUACGACAUCACCUACGGGCUCACCGCCCAGGAGGCUAAGCUCGUGAUCGGCGGCGAGGUCGCGCUCUGGACGGAGCAGGCCGACGCCACGGUCCUCGACGCCAGGCUCUGGCCGCGCGCGUCCGCCAUGGCGGAGGCGCUCUGGUCCGGCAACCGCGACGCGGCCGGCGAGAAGCGCUACGCGGAGGCGACGGACAGGCUCAACGACUGGAGGCACCGCAUGGUGGGGAGAGGGGUCCGGGCGGAGCCCAUCCAGCCGCUUUGGUGCCGGACGCGCCCCGGAAUGUGCAACCUGGUUCGGUAAGGAGAACCGGCAAGAGCCCAACUCUGAGCGAUGCCUAGUAUCUUUUACAAUCGUACAAGUCAAACUUAAUUAAGUAAGCUGGGGUAUGGGAAUUGUUUUAUUACUAUGAUGAACUUUGUUGUUUCUUUUCGUCGUGUCAUUGUGCGAGAGAAUACUACCAGCAGUGUCAUUUUCCGUCAAUUUGUUCUUUCUUUCUAAAUGUGAGGUGGACAGCAUGUUUAUAUGUUAUCCAAUGCGGAGCUGUAUCUUGAAAGCCGGCUUUUUCAUGUGACCCAUUCGCAAAUCGCAAAUGAAUUGCUUGUACUGGUGCCUGAUUUUAUUAAAGUAAA